CAAAUCUAGGAUCCACAUUAGAGCGCCUCCUCCAAUUUCCUACGUUCACUGCCUCCACACUCCACCACAACACUGGAAGCUCCUCUCUCAAAUAUUCACCGAAAGUUCUCAACUUUCGAAGAUUCCAUGACGAGGUUAAGUUUCUAAACCUUAUUUUCAGGGAACUCAAACUGUGUCUGAACCUGUUAUUUGCUUUGUUGCACAUAAAAUACAUGUGGGGUGUUGAUUUUAGUGUUUGUUGAGGAAAAAAAAGAGAGAGUAUAAGUGAGUGUAGCACUAGCAUUGUUCAAAAUGCCUUCUGAGGAUAGUUUAAGGAAGAAGCUAAGAAAGAAUGCCACUAAACCUGUAGUAAGCACUUCUAGGAACUUUAUUAGAGCUAAGAAGGAUGAAAAUUCUUUUGAGAAAAAUGGGGCUUUUGGCAGAGGAAAUGAGUCUGAGGGAAAGUUGAAGAAAAGGGGGAAUUUUAAAGGAAUGCGAUCGGGUGAAGAAGUUUUGGAGAGGGGAAAGUUGAGGACUUUGGAUUCUGGUGGGAAGAAGAAGAGGGUAUAUGCUAAGAAAGGAGGGGAUAAAAAUGUGAAGUUAGAGAAUGGUAUGGAAGUAUCUAAGAAGAGAACUUUGAUUAGGAACGGUGAGAAGCGAGUGAAAGAUGUACCCGUUGAAGGAAAUGCUGGCCACCAUACAAUGUGGGAUCAUGAUAAGACAAGGAAUGGCGGCUUUAAAGUGAAGCGAUCGACUCAAAUGAGGAAGGAAAGGAAGGAAGAUGUUGUGUUGGCUAUUGCAAAGCAGAAAGGCAAGGCGGAGGAUGCGGGGAAAAUUGGAUUAGUUGGGACAGAAGAUCAAGGAAGUGGUUCGGUGAAGAGAAGUAGAGACAAGAAAACUGAAUUGAGCAAAGGGAAAAACCAAGAAGUUGUAUCUGGUUCAAGUUUUGCCAAGAAAAAAGCCAGAGAUAGAACAGGGUUGGAUGAUGAUGAUGCUGAGAUGCUACAUGAUCGUCCGAAGAAGAAGAAAAGGGUGAUAAAGAUUGACCCACAUGAUAUCUCAAACAAGAGACUAGAUGAUGGCAUUGGUGUUAAUGGAAGUAAAGAGGAGAAGGAGAAAGAAAAGGAGUCUGAGAAAGAGCCUAAAAUGUCCAAGAAUGCCCAGUUCCGUGCAAUACAGCCUAGCCCUUUGAUACUUUCCUUUGUGGAAAAAAAUCUUUUGGGCAGGAGACGCAUGAUUGACUUAAAAAGGGCAGGUUACAAUAUAGAUCUUUCUGCACCCUUAGAUAAUAUUCCCUUCUCUAGCAGUUCAGAAAGAGAGAAAAUUGAAGAAAAUAUUUUUAGGAAUAAAUUGGAUUUUUUUGCUGCUGCAAAGGUCUCAUCAUCAUUUCCACCUCCUAAUCUUCCAGAGAUUGCAUUUGCUGGAAGGUCAAAUGUCGGGAAGUCAUCUCUUCUCAAUGCACUCACUAGACAAUGGGGGGUUGUGCGGACAUCAGACAAGCCCGGCCUUACCCAGACAAUCAACUUCUUCAAUCUGGGAACAAAGCAUUGGUUAGUUGAUUUGCCAGGAUAUGGAUUUGCUUAUGCAAAAGAAGAAGUGAAAGAAUCUUGGGAGGAGCUUGUGAAGGAGUAUGUGUCCACAAGAGUUGGUCUCAGACGAGUAUGCCUUCUGAUUGAUACAAAGUGGGGUAUGAAACCAAGAGAUCUUGAACUAAUUGAAUUAAUGGAAAGAUCAAAAACUAAAUAUCAGAUUGUAUUAACUAAGACAGAUGUGGUCUUUCCAAUUGAUGUGGCAAGACGUGCCAUGCAAAUUGAAGAGAGCCUCUUCCAGAACAAGUCUGUAGUUAAGCCUGUGAUGAUGGUAAGCUCAAAAUCUGGAGCAGGAAUUCGAAGCCUGAGAACGGCCCUAGCCAACAUAACUCGAUUUGCCAGAAGAUUGUAGUAAGAUGUUUUAUAUUCAAGACAUCACAUAGGCUUGGUGAGGUGAAUUCCUUUGUUUGAAGUGCAGACUUCAUUUGCCACGUGGCUGGCCAAACCUUUUUUUUUUUUUUUGCCUCCCAUCUAAAUUUUAGUGGCAUUGCAAGAAAUUAUUUUAUGAUUUUUUGGGUGUUUCUUUUUAUAAUAACUCAUAUAGUUUUUUGGUCAAAAAGAGUGGGUGCAUGCAUGACAUGCUUACCACUUUAGUUUUCUGCGUGGACCUAACCUUACUAACUCCCUCAGCCGCCCCACACUUAAUAUUUGAAUUUAUUAUAUUUUCCCUGAGAAAUGGAUUUCGAGGGAUCAGCAAUGAAUGCCAUUAACUUGUGGAGCAGUUAAAUUAA